AUGGCUGCGACCGCAGUAGAGGGACAGGCAGAACUGAACCCAGAGCCAUCGCAGCCAGAAGAACGUGCUGAGCACGACCUCCCUCCCAAAUCUUAUGCAGAUGCCGUCAUGAAUGGCGAGAAUGGCCCCAAUCAUUCGCGCGUUGAGGUCGGGUCUGGUGCAAAGGAUCAUGCUGCGGCCAACGGGUCUGCCCAACCCCCGAUGAUCAAUGGCCAAGGCAGCCGACAGCAACUAGACGAAGAGAAGGUUCUUUAUGAGAAGCAUACCAAUCAUACUGGAGAGAUCUUGACAAGCAUCAAGCCUAGCGAUGGCUAUGAAGAUUCUCUCAAGCGUCGUGAAAACACUACGCCCCGAGAAAGGAAGCGUAAUCGACCACCCAAACGCCAGGAUGAGCUUGCGAGUGGCCGAAGAGCCGGUGCCGGCUGGCAAACUUCUGCGAUACGAUGGGCACCCCUCAACGUCCCGUUACAGCGGAGGCUUCAGACUCUAGCAGUGCUGUGGCACACUACCACCAUACCUCUAUUCCUCUCACUCUUCUUCCUCCUCUGCGCAAUCCCUCUUACCUGGCCUCUCCUGGUCCCUUACCUCAUCUACACUCUCGUCAUCAGUGAAGAGGCCACCAAUGGCACCCUUUCGAGAAGAUCGCAGUGGCUGCGCGGGUCGAAGUUUUGGUCGCUAUUCGCAUCCUACUUUCCCGCUCGGUUGCAUCGCACUGUCGAGCUUGAACCAACAAGGAAGUAUAUCUUUGGAUACCAUCCACACGGAAUCAUCUCCCACGGCGCAUUCGCUGCCUUUGCCACCGAGGCUUUGGGAUUCUCGGACUUGUACCCUGGCAUCACAAACACCCUAUUGACCCUUGACACGAAUUUUCGAGUUCCUUUCUACCGUGACUAUGCAUUGGCAAUGGGCCUAGCGUCGGUGUCGCGCGAGUCCAUUGAGAACAUCCUGUGCAAAGGAGGAUUGAAUGGUGAAGGAAUGGGUCGCGCAGUGACAAUCGUCAUCGGUGGUGCCCGCGAAUCUCUUGACGCUAAGCCUCACUCCCUCCGUCUCGUUCUGAAAAGUAGAAAAGGCUUCAUCAAACUAGCUAUACGCACUGGCGCCGAUCUGGUGCCGGUGCUUGCCUUUGGCGAAAACGAACUCUACGAUCAAAUUGACAGUGUCGAACACCCAUGGAUCCACAAAUUUCAAAUGCUUGUCAAGAAGUUCAUGGGAUUCACCGUCCCACUCUUCCAUGCAAGAGGAAUAUUCAACUACGAUGUGGGCUUGCUUCCGUAUAGGAGGGCGGUGAAUGUUGUGGUUGGAAGACCAAUACGGGUUGUACAACAGGGAACAAAGGACAACAAUGUGGACGAAAGGUAUCUAGAUGAGGUCCACCAGCAAUAUGUGGCAGAGUUGGUCAGACUUUGGGACGGAUACAAGGACCUUUUCGCCCAGGAACGACAGGGUGAGUUGGAAAUUGUGGACUGA